AUGGAAGAGCUUUUUGAAUGUGUCGUGACCAGAAGUGUCGAAAUCCUGUCCAGAGGGAAAACGGGCAGCCUGUCAACCGCCGCCGUGUUCCAGCUUCUGAAGGCAACCGAACCCUACAAGUGGUUGGGCAGCCAAAUUGAGGAUUAUGCUUAUUGCUCAGGCCAUAGCACUGUAACAUUCUUUGAUGAGGAAUUCGCCUAUGAUGAGGAUUUACCCGUGGCCAAGCGUAGUAUUUACUAUUGGAUGCCGUAUACAGUGUCGUACAUAGAUGCCCUUUCAGCUUUCAAUGAUGCGACCCUCCUCGUGGUGUCCGAUUUGACAGUGGAAACUCGACCCUGCGAAGUGCCAGAAUUCGAAGUACAUGAUUAUCACGGAGUUGUGUAUGCAGACGCACCACCUCUCAUGGCAUCACUUCCCCCGAUAGAGUAUGCACAGAUAGAAUUACCAGUGGAUGAUGCGGGCGAAGGAGGCGGGCCAGCGGAAGAAGAACGAGAACCUAGGUCUUACUUCCCCGAGACGUGGCUCUGGGACAUCUACGAGAUCGGAGACACUGGGUCGACGUCGUUCUCCGCCCGGGUUCCGGACACGGUGACGGAGUGGGUGGGCGAGGCGGUGUGCGUCAACCCCGAGCUCGGUCUCGGCCUCUCCCCGCCCACCACGCUCACGGUCUUCACGCCCUUCUUCCUUGACCUGACGACGCCGCCGUCCGUCCGCCGCCAGGAGCGAGUGCCGCUGCGCGUCUCCGUCUUCAACUACCUGGACCAGACGCUGCCGGUAAGGGUCACCCUGAGCCCCAAUGCGACGUUCACGGCCGAGGAAUACGCCCACAGCGUGUGCGUCCCCGCCAACAGCAUGCGCGUGGCCGAGUUCGUCGUGGUUCCGCAGGAGGCCGGGGACGUCGGCCUCACCUUCAGCGCCUCCGUCACGAGCGCCGACGAAGGCUGCGACGCCGGGGACGACCUGCCCACGAAGAGUGACGUCAUGAUAACGUCUCUGAAAGUGGUGUUCGAAGGCGUGCAAAGAGAGAUAGUGCACGGCGUCUUCCUGUGUGGAGAUGGCGAGAGCGAGACCUGGUCCCUGGCGACGCCCUCGGGAAUCGUCGAGGGAUCCGAGUGGGUGUUCGUGUCGGCCUCGGCGGAUCUCCUGGGGCCUUCCAUCGAGAAUCUGGGGCACCUGGUGAGAAAGCCCUAUGGAUGUGGAGAGCAAAAUAUGAUCAACUUCGUACCCAACAUUUAUGUGGUUAAGUACCUUCACUCUAUUGGCCAAGGUGACUCUGACAUCGUCGAUCAAGCCACCAGUUUCAUGAUUACAGGCUAUCAGCGGGAGUUGACUUACCGCCGGUCUGACGGAUCCUACAGCGCAUUCGGAGACAGUGAUUCGGAAGGGUCGACUUGGCUCACGGCGUUCGUUCUGAGGUCCUUCGCCGAAGCAUCACAGUACAUUACGAUCGACGAAAACGAUUUGCAAGUCACCGCCGACUGGCUGCUGAGUCUCCAGAUGGACGACGGCUGCUUCCAGUCCGUCGGGCAUGUUCAUCAUCAGGCGAUGAAGGGCGGCCUGGGCAGCGCCUCGGCCUCAGCAGUGCCCCUCUCAGCCUACGUGGCCAUCGCCCUGAGUGAGGCUGGCCAUUUCGGCGCGGGCGCCCUCCCCGCCGCCGUCAGCUGCAUCGCGAGCGACACAGCUGCCACCGACGUCUACUCAGAGUCCCUGAAGGCCUACGCCCUCGCCUUGGCUUCGAGCGCAGACGCCCCCGCCCACAUCGCUGCAGCGUACGACCUCCUGACCGCCGGCGAUGACGAGGGAGAGAGCAUCUGGGUCGAGAGCGCGGCGUACACCGUCCUGGCCAUGUUGAAGGUCGAUCACUUACACUACGUCUCCCAGGCGGUCGACCUCAUCAGGAGAAUGUCAUCCCACCGCAACAGCCUCGGGGGUUUCCACUCGACUCAGGACACUGUCUUAGCCCUCGAAGCCUUCGCUGAGUAUAGCAUUCUCUUCCCACCGUCUGACACGAACCUGGAGCUGGCAGUGACAGCCAUCACCAGCUUCAACAUCCUCAUCGAGGCAGUCAACCAGCUGGUGGUGCAGACGCGGGACAUCGAAGACCCUCUGCCUUACGAUGUCACAGUGACCCCCUCUGGCACAGGAUGCGCCGUGUUCAUGGUCGUCCACCAGUUCUACAUGCCGGAGAUCGCAGCCAGCGCCACCUUCAGCAUGACCGUCACCUCCACCAGCGGCUCAUGCACUGCGGCCAACGUCACCAUCUGCGCCUUUUACCUCCUCGAAGAUGAAGAGUCCAACAUGGUCAUCGUCGAGCUUGACCUCGAGUCUGGCUACGUUGCAGAGGAGGCUUCUCUGCAACGCCUAGUGGACGGGAAGGUCGCUAAGAAAUACGAGCAAGACGAGCCCGGCGUCGUGGAGCUGUACCUCGAUUCUCUGACGUCAGCGGAGGUCUGUCUGACGGUGGCUGUGUCUCGGGAGAUCCUGGUCGAAGACGUGAAACCGGGCACCGUCUCCAUCUACGACUACUACCAAAACUCUGAGGAUAAACUGGUUAAGCCACUUACCAUAGAUAGAACUAGUUGUGCUGCCUCUACGGACCAUGAGGACUCUAUGGACCACUCUACGGUUCAUGAGGACGAUGGGCCCACUACGCGCCCGAUGGCUAUAGACCACUCUACGGUCCAUGAGGACGAUGGGCCCACUACGCGCCCGAUGGCUAUGGACCACUCUACGGUCCAUGAGGACAAUGUUUCCACUACGAGCCCGAUGGCUAUGGACCACGAGGUGUCUGUGAACCCUUUGGAACAUACGGUUUGAUGCGGAAGUCGAGGGAAGAAUCGUAUCAAAAUCUGCCCCCCCCCCCCCCAAAAAAAAAAAAAAAAGGUACUCCACUGACAUUGACUCUCCAUUCAGUGUUUAGAAAGUGCUUAUGAAGGACAUCUGCUUAUUGGAAAAUUAUUCUUUGUUGCAAUGGAAAUCAACAUCUUAGAAGAGGAAAAAAUACCUAAUUAGAUUUUUAUCAACUAAACAAAAGAGUUAAUCAGUUCGAAAUUUCCAAAUGUUAAUUAUAAUAAUAUUAAUAAUAAAAAAACAGCGUCAUUGAUGAAAAUGUCUGUUUUUGAUUUCUAUGAUUUGUGAAUUUACUAAAUUUGUAUUGUCCUUAGUGCUAUUAAGAAGUAAGUGAUCAAAAUUGGUAAUUUCGAAUGCAGUUUCUUGGUCUUAUGAAAUCAGUGUCAUUUUGCCAUAUAGAACGAGCUGAAAUGUUAACCUAUUCAAAAAGGAUUCCGUAUGAUCGAAAGUAAAAUUUUGGCUGAAUGAAA